AUGUCAACACCAAAAUCACCAUCUUCUCUGAGGUUCAGUGAGGUCGUCGAUGACAUUGCUACCAAAGUUGUCAUCUCUGACGAUAACAAUACAAAAGUAACACCAACAAAGAAGGCAGCAUCUUUUUCAUUGGCAGUUGAUGAAAAUCAUAUGGAACAACAACAAAAUCAAUAUAGUGAUGAUGAUGACGACGAGAAUGAAUAUAGUGAUGAAGAAAAUGUACAAGAAAAUGAAAAUAAUAAUAAUAGUAGUAGUGUAUCAAAUAAUAAUUGUAAUAAUAGUGAAGAAACAUGUAAAAAUAUUAGAAUCAGUGGUGGUGCUAGUGCGGCCAACAAGAUUGUAAGAACCAACUCAUUUGAAAGAAAGAAACAACAACAAGCUGCAAGCACAAUCACAUUCGACGGCAUUCGUCAGUCGAUACCCGAUGACAUUUGGAAGAAGAUCUCAGAGUGGAAAGUUAAAUAUGCCUUCAUCACUAAAGGUGCCAAGUUGGUAUCCACUUCUAAACAACAUAAAUUCAAAACACCGGUAUCCAUGGAGGAUGCUCUUUUAUUUUUAGUUGACUCGGUUGUUAAAGAUUCAACAUUGGUAUUCACAAAUGAUAAUUCUUUGAUUUUCACAGAUGGUUUAUACACCGAUUUAGAUCUACUCGACAGUGAUGAUGAAUAG